CAACGCCUCCCCCCCUUCUCCUUUUCCCCUGUGCUGAGAAGGCGAAGGGAAGAUGUUUUACGCCCACUUUGUCCUCAGCAAACGUGGGCCGCUGGCCAAAAUCUGGCUGGCGGCCCACUGGGACAAGAAGCUGACCAAGGCUCAUGUGUUUGAGUGUAACCUGGAGAGCAGCGUGGAGAGCAUCAUCUCACCAAAGGUGAAAAUGGCUUUACGAACAUCGGGACACCUACUGCUGGGGGUGGUGAGGAUCUAUCACAGGAAGGCUAAGUACCUGCUGGCUGACUGUAACGAAGCCUUCAUCAAGAUUAAGAUGGCGUUCCGUCCAGGAGUGGUAGAUCUCCCAGAAGAGAACAGGGAAGCUGCCUACAACGCCAUCACGCUACCCGAGGAGUUUCACGAUUUUGACCAACCGCUACCUGACCUAGAUGACAUCGACGUGGCUCACCAGUUCAACUUGAAUCAGAGCCGAGUGGAAGAAAUCACCAUGAGAGAGGAAGUGGGCAACCUCCCCCUGCUGCCAGACACCGAUUUCGCUAAUUUUGGCAUGGAUGACCGUGAGAUGAUGCGAGAGGAGAGUGCGUUUGAGGUGGACAUCAUGAGUUCUUCAGCUUCCAACCUCCUGUUGGAGGCUGAGGGCGGAGCUAAUCAAAUGGCGGACAAGUCCAACCACCUGGAGUAUGAUGAGCAGUACAAGGACGACUUUGGUGAUAAUCCUAUGGAGAGCCAUGGAGGGGGCAUGCUUGUUGCCAAGCUGUUAGGUAAUGAGGAUGGAGGUGGCAUAUUUGACGACCCCCCCACCAUCACAGACAGCAUGAUGAUGCCUCAGGACCACGGGGAGGAUGAGGAUGACUUCGAUGCUCUGUCAGCGGGAGCCCCAGACAGUCCGGACUCCGGCCCGACAGAACCGGCCCCGGCCAUGACGGACCAGCAGGAGCAAACUGCUCUGGCUCACAAUGAGGAAGAGACUUUCGCGCUGGAGCCCAUCGACAUCACAGUGAAGGAGACCAAGGCGAAGCGUAAAAGGAAGCUGAUCGUAGACAGCGUGAAGGAGCUGGACAGUAAAACUAUCCGGGCACAGCUUUCCGACUACUCCGACAUCGUCACAACCUUAGAUCUGGCCCCGCCCACUAAAAAACUGAUGAUGUGGAAGGAGACUGGAGGAGUUGAGAAGCUCUUCUCCCUCCCUGCUCAGUCUCUCUGGAACGCCAGGCUGCUGAAGAUGUUCACGAGAUGCCUGACGCCGCUCGUCCCAGAUGAGCUGAGGAAGAGGAGGAAAGGUGGGGAGGCAGACAGUCUAGAUGAGUUCCUGAAGGACCUGGAGAACCCAGACGUGCCGAGAGAGGAAGCAGGAGCUCUUCAGCAAAGAGAUAUCAUCGAUCAGACCAUCAUGGAGGAAGCUAACGCGCUGCAGAACUCAGCCGUGGAGGGGAGCAGGACAACGCUGGACGAAGUCGCCAUGCCUCCACCGUCCUCCCAGAGAGGCCAGAAGCGCAAAUCCCAGGACUCAGAUACAGUCCUACCUGCAGGAAACCUGGACGAGCAGCAGCAACAGAUGCAGCAAGAGGGAUCAAAUGCAGCUCCUACCCAACAACUCGAAGCCACCACAGUAGAUUUGCCCCCUGAAGAGACCGCCGCCAGCAUCAGCCAGCUAAUAGAGCUGGACUUACUAGCUGAUAAGGACAAGAAGAAGAACGACGAUGACUCGGAUGAAGAGGAGGAGGAGACACAGGGAGGAGAGCAGGACCAGGAGGAGAGGAGGUGGAACAAAAGAACUCAGCAGAUGCUUCAUGGCCUACAGAGGGUGAUGGCCAAAACUGGUGCUCAGUCAGUCAGCCUGUUGGACCUGUGUAGGAACAACAAUAGAAAGCAGGCGGCUGCCAAGUUCUACAGCUUCCUGGUUCUGAAGAAGCAGAAAGCAGUGGAGCUGGUCCAAGAGGAGCCAUACAGUGACAUUGUUGCUACACCAGGACCUCGUUUCAACAUAAUCUAAGCUUCCAGCACAGCAGUUUGAAAGGAGAAAAAACAACUUUGCUCUGAGGGGCCUUAUAUAGCAGCAGUGUUAUUAUUUAACUGUAAUCUAUGAUUGUUUGAUUUUUAUUUUAUUUCUGUUACACAAGUAUUUGUUCUCAAAAUACUACAGAAUAGUAACAUAUAAUUCUUAUGGAUUAUGAAGAUAUAAGUUGUCUGGAAUAACUGCAUGCCAUCUUCCUUUUAAUAUUAAGGCUGUGGUUCAUCUCCCUGUCUUUUGCUGAAAAUGAUUUAGCACUGUCUUGCUGUUUUUGAUUUUGUUUUUUUGGUGGUAGUAAUAUACAGUGUUGUUUGUAUGCAGAGUAAGUAUUGCUUAUUUUAUUCAUGGAAGCAAAUUUAUAUUCUAAAAAAAAGCCUUGCUAA